AUAGAAUGCCCAAUAACCCAAUAACAGAUAAUCAAAGAAAAUUCAUUUGAAUGUUGGACAUUACUCAUUUUAGUAUGAUAUACAAGUGGACUAUAUUUCGAUUACUUUAAAAGUCUAAUAAACCUAUUUUUUUUUUAAAUACGAAAAACGGAGUAUGUCAAAUCUCUUAUCCGCCUUUGUUGACAUGCGAUAAGGAAAAUAAUGUCUACAGCACCCGGGAGUCAAUCAGGUUUUCACAAUGCCCCCGUAACAAAAAGUCUCUUACUUUGUAUAGGAGGAUGCUCGCUAGUUGCAUAUUUGCUCGACAGCAGAUCUUUAUUUCAUUUGCAACUUAUACCCAACUUGACUGCAAAUCAUGAAUUUUGGCGAUUAAUAACGUCACAUAGUGUUUUAACUACAUCGGGUGAAUUUUUCUUUGGGAGUAUAAUAAUAUAUCAUCUUAGAAUAAUAGAACGCCAAUUUGGAUCAUCAAAAUAUGCGGCAUUCUUUUUCGUGUCAUCUGCAUUAUCGACAAUUCUGGAAGUUGGUACACUUGCAAUUGGCAGGCAAUUUCAUUUGAAAUUCAUACCUGCAGGUCCUUAUGGUUUCAUAUUUGCAGCACUUUAUCAGUACUAUAGAAUGAUUCCAUAUACUUAUCAAUAUCGAGUAUUUGGUAUAAAUAUAAGUAAUAGGGUUGUGAAUUGUUUGAGUGUUAUACCGUUCCUUUAUUAUCAAUAUCCAUCUUCAAUUGCCGCUAGUGUAUGUGGGCUUUUAUCCGGCGUCAUAUAUAGGAGUGGUUUUUUGAGACUGAAUAAAUUCCGUUUUCCUGGAUUUCUUAAUCGAUUCGCUUCAAUGUUUAUAUUACCUUUAUUGUCAACAAGAUCAUCUAGACGUUCACCAUUUCUUAUACUUGACCAUCGGGGGCAAGAAGUUCAGCAUAAUCAAACUCAAACUCAAGCAAGGCGCCAUGUUCCUGCGCAAGAGCCACCUCAGCCUAUUGUAACACCACGACAACCAGUCGUUAAUGAAGAAAAUAUCGCUGAUUUGCGAGCUAUGUUUCCUCAAAGUUCUCAGGAGGCUAUCACGCGAGCUUUGCUUACAUCCGAUAAUGAUAUUAAUAGAGCGGUCCAGUUUUUACUGGACCAUCAUAAUUAACAGAUUCAUUAAUGUAAUAACUUACUUUAAUUAAACGAAUAUUAUAUUAUAAUAAGUUAUUAGGUUGACAAACAUAUUAUGUUGGACUUUAUGAACCAAUUAUAUAUAAUUCAUAUCGUACAAUUGCCAAAAAAUACUGAAUCUUAUAUAAAAUGUAGAGUUAUAAAGAAUUAGUUUCAAAUUUACCUGUUUACCAAAAAAAUUUUUAAAUUUCAUUAUAGAAAAUUAAUUAAUGUAAAUUAAAUAGCGUAUCAAAGCAUUAAUCGGUGUGAUCAAUUAUGUAACAGUACAAAAAUAAACAAACUUAAACAAAACAAGCAUUAAAAAAUAAACUUACCCAAUUUAUCACUUACCAGAAAUA